UUGACGUCAAAUUUGUUAAUUUGCAAAGAAAUAUGUCGCGAUGUAUUGCUAUUGCACUAAGAAGUCGCGAAUUCAAUGCAGACACGUUCAAGUCUGAUUCGCAGUGAUAAUAAAAUUCCUUAUUGAUCUCAUUCAUUGUACUGGAAUGUUGAAAUGAAGUCGCUACCCCGGGCCAUACUAUGUACGAUAGGACUACUUUUCAUAUGCUUUCUAUUUAUAUUCACGAAUCCAAUAAACAGGGAAGGUGAGAAUAAUAUGGGAUAUCAAUUAGUUGGUGUAGUGGGAUGGGAGUUCAACACAACAAGAAACACUAGUCAGUACAUUUUAAGGAACAAUUUGACUGCGGUUGUCAUGCCUGAACGUGUCUGUGAUCAAAAAUCAUUGUUAGUCAUAGUAGUUUGUACGGCGCCAGGGAAUUUCGAAGAGAGAAAUGCUAUAAGAGAAACGUGGGGUAGCGAACGAUACGUCCUAGGUAAUAAUGUGUCCUUAUAUUUUUUAAUCGGAGAGACUGGCAAUUAUUCAGUGCAAAACGAUGUGCUGUUGGAAAGUAAACAAUACGAUGAUAUAAUACAAGAACGUUUUGUCGACUCAUACAAUAAUCUGACCCUAAAGUCCAUCGCAAUGUUGAAGAUAGCGACAAGUUAUUGCAUCAACACGACAAAGUAUCUUCUAAAAAUAGACGACGAUAUGUUUCUCAAUCUGCCGCUCCUUAUUGAGAUGCUCCUACGGAAAAAUACAAAUGAAAGCGUACUUCUUGGGAAACUUAUAUGCAGAGCCAAACCGAUAAAAGAUACUAGUAGUAAAUGGUAUUCUCCGAGAUAUAUGUACAAAGAACAGAUAUACCCAAACUACUUAUCUGGUACCUCAUAUCUGAUGUCUUUAGAUGUAGCUGAGAAAUUGUUCACUGCUGCUUUAUCGACGCCAAUUUUUCAUCUUGAAGAUGUCUACCUCACAGGAAUGUGUGCGAGGAAGGCACAGGUAAGACCCUGCAGCCACCCGUUGUUUACCUACAGUCGGCAGCGCAACGAACCGUGCGAAUUCAGAAAUCUCAUCACCAUCCAUCACUUCACACCCGAGCAAUUAAGGGAGACUUUCAGAGCGCUGAAGGACCCCCACCUGCCUAAAAGGUGCGAGAAGUACAAGCCGACGUUUAAUUCGCACAGCUGGCUGUUAGGUAAUAUCCUAAAACCCGGGAGGGUGCACAGGAAAAACAGGCAUCAAAGGUAGAACAAACUGUACACGUAAGAACAACCGACAUUAAGAGGAUGUUUAGAAGGAUUUUUAUUAGAAUUUAAGUGAUCACAUUUCUAGUAAUGUCAUUAAGUACCAUAGCUUCAUAUCAAAUUUGAUGCGUUGCUAUUUUAAUAGGAUAUUAAGAUGUACUCUCUAUUUUAUAAUACUCAUUCGAACGGUAUAAGUGUAAUAUAAAAGGAAUAUGUCCAGUGCUUGAGGGUUGAAUGACCUUGGAUUGUUAUGGAUUCAUCUGUAGGCAGACGCGUCCUUGUUGAAAAUUAAUACUCUACGUAAAAAAGCUUGUGUAUCGUUAAAUGUUGAACACAUUUGAAUUUUGUCAAGUGUGCCCCAUCUCGGGAAACUGAUACGUGAGAGAGAUAGGAAUAUAUAGGAGGAUAUGAAUAUGUCAGACAAGGAUAAACAAUGCAUCCUUGAAGUUUUAUUGCAAUCGUGCAAUUUUCUUUCAAUAGUAAAAAUAUCAGUCAAGAAUUAAAUAAAAAAUAAUUUAUACUUCGUCAGCAGAAACGCAAAGCUUUAAUAUACAUAAUUUAACAGAAUGUAAAAUUGUAAAAAAAAAUAUUUCCACUUCUUAUUUGUGGAAAGGCGAA